AUGUUGAAAUGGUUUGGACAGCCUUUGCAUCUUCAAGAGGGCAUUUUUGAAGGGAAAAAAAUAUCUGCUUAUUUGUACAGUCUAACAAUAUACAAUUUUACGGAGAACAAAGCUGGACAUUACGCUUUACAAUGUAAUAGACCAAAAGGGUUUAUCACAAACUGGUUAAACAUAAAUGUUACGGAGAAAGAUUCGGACCAUAUUUUGAACAUAACAGAAUACAUCCACGAUGAAAAUCGACAAAUACGAACUUCAUUCCGCCAAGAACUAACGCCCAUUUCAGGCGACAACAGUAAACGGUCGUUCAAAGUUCCGUUUGAGCCAAUAUUGAUAGGAACAGGAACGUUUGUUGCUCUCUGUUUAUUCGUUGCUUCAGCAAGAACACUUGUACGGUGGCAUAAAGGUAGAAACAGAACCAGGGAUCCGGACAAUACAGAAGUCACAUCAUCACCGAUCGAAGCUUCUCCCUCUCUUGAAUCUAAUGUGCAUGUGGACAUGCCUGAGACAUCAAUGCAUAUGAAUGCCUCUCACGAUUUCGAAGUCGAUUAUGUCGAAUUGAAUACACAGAAUGACUCCAUGAUUGUCAGGAAGCCAACCACAGCUAAUAAGUCAAAGCAUGCGGAGAGCAGUCUGAUGUACGUGGAUCUGGACAUUGACCAUCUUCAGCAAGCCUGUGCUGGUCCGAUACCUGGUCCACGACCAACCAGAGGAAAAGAAGCAACGGUGUAUGACGAUAUUGACUUUUCUAACACAAAACCUCAUUUAGUAAUAUAG